GCGAACCAGCAAUUGCUUAAUUGCUCCCAGCUCCAGCCAGGCAGCAGCAGGAGCAAACUCUGCACAGACCGGCACCGACCACCGGGGAAAGGUCACACAUCCGCCGCCUCCGACUCGCCGGGAUCAGCUCCAUCGCGGGGGGAUGCCCCAGGGCCCGGGCUCGCAGGCAGCGCUGCGCUGAGCUCGGAGCUCCCGCAGCUCUGCCCGGAGGAUGCUCCUGCCGGGGCUGUCCUUGGGAACGUGCUCCCGUGGAGGACGCAGGAACAGCGAGACGCCGCUCUCCGGAGAAGCCAUCUGCGGGGCUGCUCCCCGCGGCUGCCGGGCGCUGCCUGGCCCCAGGCCGGCGGGCGGGUGACGGGCCCAGGCGAGGUGCCGAACGCUCGCUGCCCCACGGCCGGCUCUGCGGGAUGCUCGGCACGGCUGCACCGCCCUGCUGUGCCCUGCCGGCAGCCCAUCGGGCAGCUUGCAGAGCGUCUGCUCGGUCCCCAGGCAGCUGCUUCACCUUCAAGCCUGCGAGCGAUGCUCAGGCAGCGGAGGAGAUGGGCUAAUUCCAGCAGCCUGCAGGACGUCCUGACUGCCAGCCGUGUCAACGGAAGCAGAGCCAUCCCUUCCUGAGUGCCGGACCCAGAGGGCACAGAGCAAUUCCUCAGUCUAUCCUCCAGGCACUGUAGGAUCUGCAGCUGCUUCUCCUCGGAUGGCUCCAUGAUCUCCCAGGAGCUGAGAGCCCCCUGUGUGGCCCUGCUGUGCUUCAGGACGAGGGCUCUGUGGUUGCUGCAGCAUGGUCCAAGCCUGCUUGGUGUGCUCCAGAGUUCAUAGGGGCAGCCUGGCAGCCCCGGCAGCUGCAGCAGACAUGGACAAGCAGGAUAAGCCCAGUCCCUCUGCCAAGAAGCACGUGCGACUCCAGGAGAGGAGGGGCUCCAAUGUGUCACUCGUGCUGGAUAUGAGCUCUCUAGGGAACGUGGAGCCCAUCCAGCCUGUCUGCACGCCACGGGACAUCACACUGAAGUUUCUGAGGACGUCCAGCCACGUGCUGAGGAAACAGGAGCUCCAGCAGCAUGCCCAGAGCCUGGCACAGCUCCAGGAGGAGUUUUCGAAAAUCCCACCCAACUUCGUGAGUCCGGAGGAGCUGGAAAUCCCUGGACGUGCUUUCAAGGACAGAUACAAAACCAUUCUCCCCAAUCCUGAGAGCCGGGUCUGCCUCAGGAGGGCUGGCAGCCAGGAGGAAGACAGCUACAUCAAUGCCAACUACAUCACAGGCUACGCGGGGCAGCCCCGGGAGUACAUCGCCACGCAGGGACCCAUGCUGAACACCGUGACCGACUUCUGGCAGAUGGUGUGGCAGGAGGAGGCUCCUCUCAUCGUCAUGAUCACCGAGCUCCAGGAGCGCAAGGAGAAAUGUGUCCACUACUGGCCCGAGAAGGAGGGCACCUAUGGCCCCUUCACCAUCCACGUGCAGGGGGUGAGCGAGUCUGUGGAGUACGUGGUGCGGGACCUCUCCAUCCAGCUUGGGAAGGAAAGCCGCAAGGUCAAACACAUCCUCUUCCCUUCCUGGCCGGACCAGCAGACACCUGAGUCAGCCAAGCCCCUGCUGCACCUGGUGUCCAAGGUGGAGGAGGCUCUGCAGACUGCAGCCAGCCCAGGGCCCAUCGUGGUGCACUGCAGCGCGGGCAUCGGCCGUACCGGCUGCUUCAUCGCCACCAGGAUCGGGUGCCAGCAGCUGCAGGACAAGGGGGAGGUGGAUAUCCUGGGAAUCGUGUGCCAUCUGCGCAUAGACAGAGGUGGGAUGAUCCAGACGAGCGAGCAGUACCAGUUCCUCCAUCACACGCUAGCUCUCUUCGCUUCCCAGCUGCCAGAGGGGGCAGGCCGCUAGUGCAGGGCUCCCACCGGGCUUGUGGCUCCCUGCUCUGACCUCUCCUGCACCAGCCUCGGAGACACCUUCACCUAAACCUCUCCUGAUGCUGCCAGGCCACAGAGCAGCAGCAUGAACAUCCCUCGGGAUGAGUACAGCUGAGCCAACCCACGGUGACUGUGGCUUUGGACCCUGGGGAUGAGCAAGGUGAGGUGGUGCACUGGGUGCGCGAGGUGGCCACUGCUGCAGGCUCCAGGCAGAUUUCACCCAUAGAAAGCAGCUUUGGCUUUUGAGAGGUGCAAGAUCCUGAAUCAGAAGAGCAAGCUGUGCAGAGGAACUGCAGCUGGCAGAUACUGGGAGCAUGGUUUCCCUUUCAGCUGCAGACAAAUGUCCAUCCUGUUAGACACAGCACUGAUGGAACUACCCUGAAAUAAACAGAGUGUCUGUC